AUGGUUUUUACCCAGAGAGCUCUGGAGAUGGACAGAGGUGAGUGUGUGUCUCUGUGGUGUGAGGAGGUGGAGGAUGAGCAGAGCCAGACUGAGCCACAGAACCAGCUCCAGAUUAGGGGUCCGGCUCAGCUACGAGCCGCCUGGGACCCCAUCGUGUCGGGGCACCGUGUGAUCCAAAGGUUGCUCCACGUGGAGGAGAGGUACCUGCCCUCCACCCUUUACAUCACUCUCAUCCAAAGGGACCCUGAGCGCAGGGAGGAGCUCGCCAAAUGGGCCCUGGAGGUGUGCUGUGAGUGCGGCUGUGACGAGGCCGUCUUCCCCUUGUCUGUCUCUCUGCUGGACAGGUUCUUGUCUGACUCUCUCUCUGUACCCGUCUCACCGUACUGCCUAGCUGCCGGCUGCAUCCUCAUCGCAUCAAAACUCACAGAGUGUGAAAAUGUGACUGCUGACACCCUCUGUGCUGCAGCUGAAUACAGCUUCCAGCCUUCAAACCUGCGGGAGAUGGAGCGUGUUAUCCUCGCCACCCUCCGCUGGGACACAGCAGCAGUGACUCCUCAGGACUUCCUCCCACACUUCCUUGCCCUCUUGCAGGAGGAGAGAAGAGAUGGAGACAACAGGGAGUCUGAAGGGAACCUGCUCUCCACCCUGCGGCGGCACAGCGACACUCUUGCUGCCAUGUGUGCCUGUGACUCCCGCUUUCUGGGAGCUCCUCCAUCACUUGUUGCUGCAGCAUCCCUGAACUGUGCCCUAAGAGGCCUAGGCAACAGGAGUCCCACUCAUCUGGCUGCUAUGGGUGAAGCACUGGCAGAGCUCUGUCAGACUGACUUGGCAGUGCUGCAGUGCUACAGUGAGAUGAUCGAAUAUGCUCUACGGCAACGGCUGAGGUCAGGGCUUCAGCAGGGCCCCAUGGAGAAGGAUGAAGAGGUGGAGACUGAGAGGCCUGGGACACCUACAGACAUGAGAGAAAUUGAUUUCUAA